GUUUAUGCAGUAAUUUAACUUUUGUCUGUAGGAUAAAGACAUACGAAGAGAAGUAAUACAUUUAUGAAAAGAAGAUGCCAAACUUAUUGGUUUUAGUUGCGUUCCUAAAAAUUGCAACAACUCAAGAUAUCAAAUUUUCACCAAGCAUUGCAACAAUACCAAAUCUGGUUAAGACAAAAGCAGUAAUCCCGGGGUGCAGAUUCACAUCAACUGGUAACAUUUCAAAUGAUAACCUGCUGUGGUUCAAAAAUGGUACGGCAUUUCAAACUCAUGUUACAGCAUCACCAAUCGUUGAAACCAAUAUAUUCUCAUUUUCGAAUAUUGUAUUAAAAUCAACGUCGUUCCAGGAUGAAGGUGUUUACCAAUGUGGCAUUAAAGUUAAUGAUACGAGCAUCAUUUUAUCGGAUGGAAUCCAGUUGGUGGUUAGAGAAAUAGAUGUCCGAAUAACGUCUGUUCCAGUGGCAUUGAAGCGUAAAGAUAAAGGAUCAAUAACCAGCCUAUCUGGUUGUGUCUUCACUUCAAGUGUAAGCCUAAAAGGUCAUGCCUACUGGUUGGUUAACAAUGACGAUGAGAGAAAAAAAUCCAUUGAUAUAUCGCUACUUAAUUCAACACAUUAUGUAUUAUCGUCCAUUGUGUUUUUUGAAGAUGGUUUUUAUCAAUGUCGAGUGUUCGAUCCUGAGCGGAUGAAAACACCUGUUGAUUCUAAAAACGCUACUACCAUAAAUAUGGAAGCAAACAUUGGAAAUCCAACUGUAUCUGUGCUGCCUAUCUAUGCUGGCGACGCCCUCGAUCUUAUUGGCUGUGUAUAUAACCACACACCAGGUGUUAACCUUCAAAGUUACUGGCUGGUAAACGGUGUGAAUACCAGUUACGCUUCUAACACACAUGGAUCGCAAUUUCAAAUUCGUUCUUUAAAAAUUCCUGUUACCAGUUUAAAUGACCGUGGACGUUAUCAAUGUGCUAUCUAUUCAAAACAAUGGAUGAAAAAACCGAUGUUAUCUGAUGUUAUUAAUGUUGAUUUUAAAGCAAUUACAGUCAUUAUAACAAGGCAUCCAAAAGUUCUCACUGCAAACAAAGCCAACACUGUCUAUGUAACUGGCUGUUCAUAUACUUCAACUCGAAGGUUAACAAAACCUUCAUACUGGUUGCUUAACGGCAAACCGCUUGAACAAAGUAUAAAAACUGUUGAUGAGUUAGUUCAAAACGAAUACGUCAUGCCCUCUCUUCGUAUUAAUAGCUAUAACAUGAGUGGUAUUUUCCAAUGCGUGAUAUUCGACAGCGAUUUAAUGUCAAAGGAGGAAAUUUCUGAUGCCACUGUCGAGGUCGUUCUUGAAGAGCCACAUAUUCAAACAAAUAUAUCAACAGUGAAAAUACCCACAAGAAAUAACGAAUCACUAUUUAUCGAAGGAUUCACAAUAUUUUCUUCGAUACCGCAUGACAAUCUGCAAGCUUACUGGUUAAAAAAUGGCGUCCAUAAAAUAAAAAGCGAACUUUUUGCGUUACCACAACAAAAUUUGUUUAAACUUUCGCCCAUAAAUGAGAGUGCAUUUAGCUAUGACAAUCAAGGCUUUUAUCAAGCUGUAGUCGAAAUUUCUGGUUAUCCACGAAACAUCACUUCACAGAUUAUUGAUGUACAACUCAAAGAUGUCUCUCACACUGUUGUCACUCUUCUGAUUGACGAUACAUUCAACAACGUGAAUUCAUCCGCAGAAAAACGUCGAAUCGAAAAUAAAAUCAAGUUAUUGUUACCAAAAGCAGAUAAACAUGAAGAUGUGGUUGUAAGCGUCACCCAACUAAGUCCAACGCAGCAAGAUAAAGUCGAACUUGUGUGUCGCAUACUGUAUACAAACAUAUCUCCAGUGAAGCGUUUAAUACUCUGUGAUGCAUUUGGUGAUAAAAUAAACGUGGGAACGCUGAAAGAGAUAAAAGUUACAACGGUGGAACUUCAAAGUUUAGAUUGCUGUCCAUCAAGUAAUAAUGAUGUCUUAUACGAAAACAAUAAAACGUUGGUUGGUACUUUUGCACUCUUCAAGUGUAAACACAAUCUAACAAAUACCAUAUACAGGACAUGUAUGCCAAGUCUUCAGUUUGGUCCAAGAUGGUCAGAUGUAGAUAUGAGCAAAUGCUUAUCAGCAAGAGCUGUCAGUCAGGAGUUGCAAGACUUACAAAAUGUUAAAAUUUGUGGUGCAAAAAACGAAACAAAUUGUCUUAGUGCUGCAGAAGUUUCCAAAAACCUGACGCGUACCGUUACCAACUCAGAUUCUAAACGUGUAAAUUCAAAAGAAGUGUCAGCAAUAGGUGACGUCAUCUCAAAUAUUGUCACUGAAUUGCAGACAUUGAAUGCAAGCAGUCAAAAAGAGGUUUUGAAUGAUAUUGUUAAUAUCGCAGACAGCUUAAUCGAUGUAGAACCACGUACAUUGGUGCAAUCUCAAAGAAACCAUAACACGUCAACUUCUAUUUUAAACAGUUUGGACAUUUUAGCUGAAACAAUAAGCGAUAUAUCAAAUGCAUCCAACAUAGCCAUCAACAUUUCCACCAAAAAUGUCGGAUUCAGUGUUGUCAAAAGUACCAGGACUAAUAUUACCAUACAAUCGAGAGAAAGAAAUGGGACUAUGGAUGUUGUUAUUGGUGACACAACGCAAAAAUUGGGCAAAUUGUUGGUGACUAUUGCUAUUCCAGAGGAAGCAUUUAAAGAGGAAGAAGGAAUGGUAUAUUCCUAUUCCUUCAAAAAAAAUAGUUUCUUCUUGCGAGAAAAGAAAAACAACAAAUUAAUCGUGCAAAGUGUAAUAUUGUCAGCGUCUAUAAGAAACACUAAAGUAGAUAACUUGAUAACACCAGUGGAGUUGAAAUUUAAAAAGAUAAAAUUGCCUUCCCAUGAUGGAAAUCAUUCGUGUCAAUUUUGGGAUUUUAACAAAGGUACGGCUGGUGACUGGUCUUCUGUCGGAUGCCGGUUGGUAAGUAAAGAUCGGAUUUACAUCACCUGCUUGUGUGACCAUCUAACAAAUUUUGCGCUUUUACUCGAUGUUGGUCAAUCUGGUUACAAUCCUGUUGAGUUACAAAUUAUCACAUGGAUCGGCUGUGGAUUAUCAUUAGCUGGAUUAAUGCUUACAGUAAUGAUAUACAUGUUCUUUAGAGAAUUACGCAAAAAACUCCCACCGAGAAUACUAAUCUGCCUUUGCAUCUCAAUGAUGGCUUUGCUAACCACAUUUCUCAUCGGUGCGGAACGAACAUCCUCACGAGUUGGCUGUCAAGUCGUGGCAGCACUACUUCAAUAUUUCAUGCUCACAACUUUUUGCUGGAUGUUUGUUGAAGGAAUUAACUUAUAUAGAUGCUUCGUUAAAGUUUUUGUUGACGCGUCAAAAAAGAAGUUUAUUUACAAAGCUAGUCUAUUUGCAUGGGGAUUACCAGUUAUGGUAGUUGUUGUAACAGUAGGUAUUGAACCUAACAAUCUUGGAAACGACAGAAUAUGCAUUAUUCAUGGUUAUUCAUUCUACUUUGGUGUACUACUCCCUAUCUGUCUAAUACUGCUGGUCAAUACAGGACUUUUGAUCUGUGUUAUUUUUAAAUUGUCAUAUGGAAAAGCAGGACAAGGAAAGCCAGGAAAGACGAAAAUCGCGCUACUUGGUCAAGCAAAGGUGGCUCUCAUGUGUAUCAUACUUGUGGGUGUAGCGUGGGCGUUUGGAGUGGUGGCUGUUGGAAAGGCAACGCCCUUUUUCCAAUGGUUGUUCUGCAUCUUUAAUUCCUUCCAAGGAUUUUGCAUAUUCGUGUUUUAUACAAUCAAAAACACAGCAGCAAGAAGAGAAAUACGAAAAUUCAUCAACAUCAAAAUUUUGAGACCUUGGUCUAAAGCCUGCCAAGGACCUAAGGACAGAGAUAGGAGCCGUACAAUCACCAGCACACGGGUCACAUCGUAAUCAACAUAACGGAAUAUCGAUAACAACAAUGUGGAUUUGGUUAAAGGAAACAUAUUGUGAUCCAACAUGGGACAGACAGACAGAUCGAUCAAUUAUUUUUCAAUGAUGUGUAAAAAAGGAGAGUACGGAAUAACCAUCCUCCAUCUCCCAUACUAUUAAUUUUAAAUAAAGUUAAAGAAAGGUGUUUUCAGAUCAUUUGUACCACCCAUCCAAAAAAAAUUAAGAGCGUUUCAUGACAUUUUAUAAAUCUUUAUUUGACGAGCUGAAGUAGAGCUCUUUGAUUAAGCUUUGGAUACUAUUACUCAUUGACUUUCUAAACACAUCUGUGCGUUUUAAGGCGUGAGUAUACAAAAAAAAUGUGAUAUUUUAAAAUGCUUUUAAUUCACCAAAACUUUAUUUUGAUAUAUUAUUGUAUAUAAUUUUAGAAAGCCUAUCUGAUUACCUAUAUAUGGUAUAAAAUUAUUAAGAAAAAAUAAAAUUUAAAGGUUUAAUAGACACGAAAAAAAAAUGACCCCUCUCCUAUCAAUCUUUUUUACAAAACUACUAAUUUCUCAAGUUUGCUGUUUGCUUUUUUGUGAUCACAAGACAUUGAUCUAAAAACUCUUUUUUAAUUUCCUAAUGUUUUUAACUUUUGGAGUUAUUUAGUAUUAAAAUUUUUCCACAAUUUUUAACCUCUAAUUGUCAAAAAACUCGUCAUAACUCGCGUUCUAAGAAUUAAAGAAAGCGUUUUUAGAUCAAACAUUCCUCUCCACGCUAAGCGUGCUCUCCAUCCCACAUCCUUUAUAGUUUUGUAAAAGAGAUUUAAAACCUAAGUGAUACUCUCUUAAAAACGCUGUGAAAAAGAGAACAGGUUUUUUUCACAUCUUCUGCUUAUGCUGCACGUGUUCGCUCACAUUCGCAAUUAUACACAGUUGAGUAUGGGUAAAACAAAAACAAACUCUAGAAAAAAAAUCAUCUUUUCGACUAGUGCUAGCUUGGGGAUCGGCAGUAGACACCUUUUGCUUUAAUCUUCUUUUAGUUGGCGAGUCAAAUAUUUUUGUUUUGGAUUUUCUUCUUUUUUUUGAUGAUAUAAAAGCUUUAUAACGAUUUAUGACGAUUUUUAUUCGCUGUUAAAUUAUAAAAUGGUUUUGCCAUGUAUUUCACAGUAAAAUAUAUUCAACUUCGGAAGGCAAAAAAGAAAAUAUCCUUAUGGGAAAUAGGAGAAAAACUUUAAAAGAAUCUUUUAACUACACACGAAUAUCAUUUUCGUCUUUGAGUCGGCUAUCAUUUAUAACCUUGAACAUACUUGAGUAGUAAAAAUUAAUACCCAAGAUGAUUACGCGUGAACAAAUAUUUGAUCUUUAUCGCAUAACAAAAAAAUAAUUUAUAAAAAAAGUAAUUUUUUUUUUUUUUUUUUGGGGGGGGGAUAAUAAUCUAUCUUAAAUACAUUUUUUAAAAAUAUUCUUUAAGCCCAGAUCUUUUUCUAUCUAACCACUGAAAAUUUUUUUUUUUAAAAAAACCCCAUUUUUUUCGUAUACUCACGCCUUAAGAAUUGAUUGUACUAUUGCGGACGUAUUAAUUAUGUACAUUAUUUUCGUAGUUUUUGUAUUUUUUUAACAGUUAGAUCACAUUUUUAAAAUAUACUAGAUAAAUCUUAUUAAUAAUAUUUUUGUAAGGCAGAACAUAAAAUUUAAUGUUAGCCUCCAUGAUGUAAGUUAAAAACAUUAUUACAUUGCAACAUUAUCUUUU